AGGACAGUAGACUACAAAUCCCAUCCGGCAAUGUAGCCUGUUUGUAUGUCGCGUAUUGAUGACGUAGUGUUAGCAGAUAUUUGGGUUUGAUAACGUUAGCUGUUUUAACCACAGACUGCUUCUAAACAUAAGUAAGGAGAUGUCCUCUCUGUGUGGCACCAGCAGCAGCUGUCAAGAAGCAGGUCAAGAGGCUACAGAGAAACAGGAGAAGGAGCAUCCUCGUGUUCUCAUCCCCGAGUUAUGCCGACUCUUCUACAAGCUGGGAUGGGUGACGGGGACGGGCGGAGGGAUCAGUCUGAAACAAGGAGAACAGAUCUACAUCGCACCAUCAGGCGUCCAGAAAGAGAGAAUACAGCCAGAAGACAUGUUUGUGUGUGACAUGAAGGAGAGGAGCAUCAGCUGUCCACCUGCCUGGAAGAAGUUAAAGAAGAGCCAAUGUACACCACUUUUUAUGAAUGCCUAUACUAUGAGAGGCGCACAGGCAGUUAUACACACCCACUCCAAGGCUGCUGUCAUGGCAACACUGCUGUAUCCUGGUAAAGAGUUCAGGAUAACACACCAGGAGAUGAUCAAGGGGAUUCGUAAGGACACAUCAGGCACUAACUAUGGGUAUAACGACCUCCUGGUGGUGCCUAUUAUUGAAAAUACACCAGAGGAGGAAGACUUGAAAUAUCGGAUGGUUCGGGCCAUGGAGGAAUAUCCAGAUUCUUGUGCCGUCCUCGUCCGCCGACACGGUGUCUAUGUCUGGGGCGAGUCGUGGGAAAAAGCUAAGACCAUGUGUGAAUGCUACGACUACCUGUUUGAGAUCGCCGUCCAGAUGAAGCAAUGUGGACUGGACCCUUCAGCCCUCCCAACGGAAGAAAAAGGAAUAGUUUGACAUUCACUGGUGCUUUUAAAAUAGACUUUUGUUGCAGAAAGGUCAGAGGUGUUGAAUCAGGAUUGCAGAUUGUAAUCAUUUGCCUUUCACGCCGGUCUGCUUCAAACUUGAUGAGAUGUGAUGGUAAAGAAAGAUCCAGGGUUAAAGGAAAUGAAAUGCCUGUCAUCUGGAAGCACUUACUGCAUAGCGCUGUGGGACAACUCUUAAAUGAGCAGCUGGCAAAUCAAAGUCUCGGGUUUAAAGGCUUUUCCUAUUAAUGUUUGACUGCACUGGAAUCAUGGUCUUAGUGUGUGUUAGGCACGCACAUACUAUGUAUUUUAAUUGAUCUACAAUGACGAUCAGCUGCCUUUUAUUCAAUUAAUAAAAACUUUAUAAUCAAGUCGCAGAAAUUAUUUUGAGAUGAUUGGUCAGGUUUUCCUUUACCUUCUUUCUUUUUGGGCUUAUCUGGUGCCAGGUUGCCGUGGCAGCAGGCUAACCAAGGUAGUCCCAAUGUCCACCCUCCCCAGCAAUGUUUUCAAGAUCCAAUGCAAAAAAUUUUGUUUUAAAAUGCAA